AUCAUUAUAAAUAUCAACACUACUUCGGCUCUGAGUUAUUAUUCAUUGCAAUCUUUCAGUCUCUGUGUGAGUGAGUGAGAGAGAGAGAGAGAGAUCAGUAGCAGAUUCGCCAUGGCUAUUAUAGAAAAGGUACUAGUCGCAGAUAUUUCAUCCAUGGUGGACCAUGUUCCCUCGAAUUACGUUAGGCCCAUCUCCGAUCGUCCAAACCUCCACGUUGUUCAGCCAGCGGAGGGUUCCAUUCCUGUCAUCGACCUUCAAGGCCUCGAUGACGACAAUAAUCGGUGUGAUAUAGUCAAAGAAAUUGGAAAAGCAUGUGAACAUGCUGGUUUCUUUCAGAUAAAGAACCAUGGGAUACCACAGAAUGUGAUCGAUAACAUGCUAAGGGUAUCAAGGGAGUUCUUCCGGUUGCCAGAGAGCGAGAGGUUGAAGAGCUACUCGAAUGACCCUUCCAAAUCGGUCCGCCUCUCGACUAGUUUCAAUAUCAGCUCUGAAAAAGUGUCCAAUUGGAGGGAUUUCCUGAGACUCCAUUGUUAUCCUCUGGAGGACUACUUGGAGCAAUGGCCUUCGAAUCCGCCGUGUUUCAGAGAAGAGGUGGCUAAUUACAGUACAAAAGUGAGGGGGCUGGCACUAAGAUUGCUUGAAGCAAUCUCGGAGAGCUUAGGGCUGGAGAGAGAGAGCAUAGAAAAGGCACUAGGGAAGCAAGGACAACACAUGGCCAUUAAUUACUACCCAACGUGUCCAGAACCAGAGCUUACGUAUGGAUUACCAGUUCACUCUGACCCUAAUGUAAUCACAAUCCUUCUUCAAGAUGAUGUGCCCGGUUUGCAGUUGCUCAACAACGGCCGGUGGGUAGCCGUCAAUCCCAUCCCUAAUACCUUCAUCAUCAACAUUGGCGACCAAAUUCAGGUACUCAGUAAUGGACGUUAUAAAAGCGUGCUCCAUCGGGCUGUCGUAAACUGCGACAAGGAGAGAAUCUCUGUUCCGACAUUCUACUGCCCAUCACCGGAAGCCGUGAUCGAACCCAUAGGGGGGUUAAUCGACGAUAACCACCCGGCCAUCUACAAAAGCUUCACCUACACCGAAUACUAUGAAAAAUUCUGGAAAAGAGGGCUUGCAAUUGAGAACUGCUUGGAUUUGUUCAGAACGACACAACCUCUACAGGUUGGGAAUGGGGAGGGAGUGGGUAAUUAGGAAACAGUGGUUGCUAUAUAUAUAUAUAUAUAUAUUAACAAAAUGAUUCAAUGUUUUCGUUUUGAAAAAAACCAAAGUCAUCGGUUGUGCUGUAUCUCCCGUACUUGCUGUGUGUUGUCGUUUCUCCAUGUGCGGGCGGCUGGAUUCCAUUGCUAAAAAGCCGCGUGUUAAUCAAAUCCCGACUCUGGCGUGGCGUUGGCGACAUCCAUGGGGGGGCUGAUUUGAAAUCUCCAUGAUCCACCACCCACCCCUCCACAAGCUUUCCUUCCCACCUCCGCAGUCCGCACACGCUUAGCUUCCGUUAUUUCUAGAUAUUCUGUACCCUUUCAAGAUAUUCUGUGCCCUACUUUAGUAUCUCUUGAUCUGACAGAUGCUUUUAUUUCUCUUUCUUUCACGUGUUCUUACCAAAUUCCCACUGUGUCAUAAGCGUAUCCUCCUUGUUAGUUUGUUGGAAAGUUGCUUAACCUUUUUUCUUUUUUAUUUUGGCAAAUAGUAGCUUAAUUGAUUGUGUAAAUAAGGUAAUUUUCCAAUAGAAUCUUUAACUUUGGAGAAUUUUCCUCUUUUAUGAUUUAUAUCCACUUGAGGAAAAAAAAAAGGGAGAAUGACUGGUCAAAAUUCAGAAGUUUUUAAAGUAUUAUUAGGGUGGGUGUCAGCUUGGAAUUAAUACUAAUUCAUGAACGAAUGUGAAUGCAUAGACUUAAAAAAAGUAUAUAAGCCUGUCCGUAUUUGUCUAAAAUUUACCUUGGAAAAAAUGCCCCAAAAAUUGAUGAAGAAAAUUCAUUUUCUAUAUACCUUAUAUCCCAAUAGCCCUAGGUAAAAAACCUAAAUUUAGGAUGCAAUUAUGAUAACAUAAAUAUAUAGAUUUGCUUAAUACCAAAAACUAAAUAUAGACUUGCUUAGAAAGAUUAUAGAAGGAGGAAUUUAUGGUGGGCAAGCGAUUUGUUCCUCUUAGAGUCUUAGUAGGCUGUGGUGGUUAUCGUUAUUUUGCCAGGCCUUUAUCGUUAUUUCAAAAUUAAUGGAAGAGGAGGGAAUUUAACGCCAAACACCAAAUAAAGAGCAGCCUUUGCAAACUCUGACUCCCUCCCAUUCCUCUCUCUUUCUUCUUCUUCCCUUAUCUCGAUUUUCUCUUCGAGUGUUUAUCUGUUCUCUGCCAGUGCAAAAACCACCAAACCAAAGCCUUGUUUUUCAGUACCUCUGCAAUUCUGUUCAUUGCAUUGAACGAUUUGCCCUGCUCAUUGUGGAGGUGAGGUUUGCGGAGAGAGAGAGAGAAAAGAUAAUGUGAGGUCUCCAACGCCUACUUCUUUAAUUCUUUUCCAAAUCCUUUGAAUGUAGAAAAUCCAGUCUACCAAUCUUUUAUAACCAUUCACAUGUAAUUUCCUUCUCGGUUCUCUCAUACCACUACCAUCAUGGUCAUCCAUGGUUACAUUUAAUAGUAUGGCUGAAAACAAGGACAUUCAAGAAAAAAACAUUAAAUCCCCGUUAGUUUUGAAAUGAACAAAAAAACAGUGUCAAAAUAUGAUUGGAGGGUUCAUGUAAGAGGUGGACCGGAGGAUACACCUGGUGCGCUCUGGUCUUUCCCGUUGCCGGCGAGGCCAGGCAAUGAGUUCACCCAGCCGGAAAAAAGGAGGAAUCGGGUUAUUUCAUACUUUAUGGUUGUUUUCCUACAAAUUAUUUAUUAUUCCAAGCAGCUUUGCAGAUUCCUGAAAUAUUCUCUCGCUACAAUUGGAAACCAUUUUGUUGCA